UUUGAAACUAAAAUUGAAAAAGGGACCGUAAUGCUAAAGACUUCACAGUAAGACACAUAGAUCAGGCACAUUCAACGCUCCUGUGAGGUCUUUGUUUGUUUUAAACUCAAAGUCCACAGCUCUUUCCGUCCACUCAGGCCUCGCUUGAUCAUUCACUAUUGAGCAAUUUGGACGUCAGUGGUGAGAAUUAAACGUUUGCAGUUCCAGUUAAAUCAAAAAGACAUGCAAACAUUUGUGGCUUUGGUGCUUCUGUGGUUCUCUCACUGGACAUCAACACUCCAUGGAGUCCCUGUAACUCAGAUCAUCCCGCAGGAGAACUUUGAUUUGGGCAAGUUCAUGGGAGUGUGGUACGAGGUGGCGGUGACCUCUACGUGCCCUCUCUACAUGCAGAGAAGAAGAGGCAGCUCUGCUGGUGCUGCCAUGGAGAUGAGGCCUUCUGAAUCUGCAGCCAACAUCAAUGUGACCUCAUCCACAUUCAGGAGCAACUCAUGUCAGGAAAGGUCCACACAGUAUCAUCUGACCGACACUCCGGGGCGCUUCCUCUACCAUGUUCCACGUUUGUCGUUUUGCUUUCCCUACGCAGCUCAAAUAAAAAUCUCAGCUGGUCAUAAUGUGACCUCAGUGUGUCACAGCAUCGACGAUGACAUCACUCUUUCUGCAGGACUGAGCGCUGAUGUUGAACUCAAUGUGGUCCAAACCAACUAUGAUGAGUUUGCCAUGAUGGUUCUGUUGAGCACAGAGAGACCGACCGGUACCAGGACCACCAUCCUCAAGCUUUACGGUCGGACUGCGAACAUGACGUCAGGCAUGGUUAGCGAGUUCACAUCUCUUGUUCAGCGACAUGGAAUAAAUCCCGACUCCAUCGUCACUACUGAGCCCAAGGGUUGCAAAGUGUCAUCACUAAAUGGAGCUCCAUAAUGUCUCUUUCUUCCUUUCGCCUGUCGUUUCAAUUGAAUAUAUUUAUUUUAUGAUGUAAGAGAUCAUAUCAUAUUAACACGACCUCUUCAAUCAUGUUUAGAAUCACGUCAGUGCUUCUGACUUGUCCUCAUGAAGCACAGGAUAAUAAAUAUGUGUCGUCUCUGACUGCCUCCUCUUCUACUGAGCUUCUUGUGAAAUGAAAACGCCGGCUCCCCUUUGUUGAAAUAACUGCUUCCAAGAGAAGCAGAAAAACAAACAGCAAAAAAAAAUACCUUUUCAAUUUCCCAUAUAAAUUUAAAAAGGUUCAAAGCAGUUUUUCAUGACACUGUUGUCACAUAUGGACAUUGACUUAAAAACUUAUUUGAU